CGAGGCACAAGUGCAGCAGCACCUUCUUCUCGCUUACCCCGCGUCUACGGUACGACAUACGCUGCACUGCAAGGCCCAACAAGACAGCAAGACCAGAGACUCCACUACGGACAGAACUUCAGAUACCCUUCACUACCCUGGAACCUCGGCACACAAAAGCAGGCAGAUCUCACGUCCACAAGCAUGUCAGCAUCCACGCCCCUCCGGAUCCUCCUAGUCAACGACGACGGACCCCCUUCUUACCCCUCUUCCCCACAUGUCCUCCCCUUCUACCGCGCCCUAGUCGCACGCGGACACAAAGUCAGCGUCGUACUCCCUUCAAGUCAAAAGAGCUGGGGCUCAAUGGCAUUCAGUGUAGCGGGGCAGGUGGGGGUAUGGUGGUAUUACCCCCCGAGGGAAGAGGAGGAUGAGGGAGUGUGGGAGCGGGAGCGCAGGGCGGAGGGACAGAGGGGUGAGGAGGAGUGGGUCCUAUUGGAUGGAUCACCCACCACCUGUACCAACGUCGGUCUCUUCAACCAAUCCCUCCUCUUCCCCUCCACCGUAACCUCCUCCUCCUCCUCCUCCUCCUCCUCCAGCUCUGCCUCUACCUCACAACCCCCACCUUUCGACCUCGUCCUCUCCGGUCCAAACUACGGCCGCAAUUCCGGUCUCGCCUUCUGUCUCUCCUCAGGAACCCUAGGUGCGGCCCUAGCUGGCGCCCUCACUGGCAUCAAGAGCAUCUCUGUCUCCUAUGCUCAUUUUCAGAAGGUUCCCGAGGGGAUUCAAAGGGGCAAGAAACGCAAGGCGAAGGACGUAGCGCCUUCGGCUCCCAGGGAAUUGGCACAGGUCGCUAAUGAGCUCACGGUACAGAUCGUAGAGAGGCUGUAUUCUCAAUGGGAGGAUGGAGUAGGAGUCUAUGGUAUCAAUGUGCCAUUGGCCUGGACACUCAAGGAGCCCAAAGUCUACUGGACAAGGAUGUGGGCCAGCACCUAUCCCCGACUCUUCUCCCUCGUGCAGCCUUCUUCCACCUCAUCCUCCACUGGCAGCACUUCAAACCAUCUCCCUUCCUCCGCUCCAAAACCCAGUACCAUCCUCUCAUUCAAGCCAGAGAUGACCGGUAUGCUCUCACCCAUCGGAGGCUUGGAGAGUGAAGAGGGCAGAGGAACCGAUGUUUGGGCCUUGAUGAACGGCUUUGUGAGCGUUACGCGGGUGCAGGCCAGGUAUGCCGAGUGUGAAUUGCAGGCAGAGGGCGAGGGGAUGGAGGGGAGGAGAUGGAGGCUAUAG